AUGGGCUUCCGUCGAAUUUUGGGAGGUCCUCUGCACUCAACAGAGAAGCGAUCUCGCUUGAUCUUAGGUGUCAGACAAGCCAGCACAGCCAGUGACAAACCACCGACAAAGAAGAAACGAGUCGUCAUCAUAGGCUCAGGUUGGGCGGGCUACACACUCGCUCGAACUCUUUCCCCAGCCAACAGCACUCGAAUCCUCAUAUCGCCUCGAUCUCACUUCGUAUUCACGCCCCUUCUUGCUUCAGCUUCAGUUGGCACGAUCGAACCUCGAGCCUCUAUAGAACCAGUGCGUCGACUAGGUCUUGAUAAGUUCCACCAAGGCUGGGCUUCCGGCGUGGACUUCAAACGAAAGACUGUCUUGGUGGAAUCUGCCCCUCCAGACGAUGUUGCGAGCAAUCAGUCCCGGCCCGUUGGCAGCAGGACAACGUUCGAGGUCGAAUAUGACCAACUCGUGCUAGCUGUGGGCUGCCACAGCCAAACCUUCGGCAUUGAAGGCGUCGAAGAGUAUGCUUGCUUUCUCAGGGACGUUGGCGACGCCCGCAAAUUACGGCAAAGAGUCCUUCGAGCUUUUGAAAAAGCAUCCAUGCAAACUACCCCUGAAUGCGACAGAAGAAAGCUUCUCCAUUUCGCCAUUGUUGGUGGUGGACCAACGGGUAUCGAAUUCGCAGGGGAACUCAAUGAUUUACUUCGUAAGGAUCUGAACAAAAUGUACCCCGAGUUAUUGCCCUAUGCCAAGAUCACAAUCUAUGACAUCUCUUCCAAAGUUCUUCCUAUGUUUGGCGAAAGCCUGACGAAUUAUGCAGUCGACAGGCUUCGCCAACAAGGAAUCGAGGUCAAGACUAGACACUCCUUGAAAAGCAUCCGUCGGUCCGGAGAGUUUUUAUCUCUCAAGAUUGAUCAGGAGCCCCAAGAUGUCGGUGCCGGCGUGGUACUGUGGAGCACUGGAUUGAGGCAGAGUCCCCUUGUCGAGAACCUUGUCCAACAGAAGAUCGAGGGGCAUGGUAACAUCUCGAAGGACACUGGCACUGGGGGGAUAGUAGUUGACUCUCACUUCCGUGUGCGCACCGACGAUGAUUCUAUUCUUCCUGAUGUCUUUGCUAUCGGCGACUGUACAGUUAUGGAGCAUCAGCGUCUUCCAGCCACGGCACAGGUAGCCAACCAACAGGCCGCCCACCUUGGGUGUUACCUCAAUAACCCCAAGGCAGAUAUGAAACCCUUCAAAUUCAGGGAUAUGGGAGCCAUGGCAUACUUAGGCGGCUCGAGAGCAAUCCAUCAGAACAGUAAAGGGGAGCUCAAGGGGAUAGCAGCUUGGCUUCUCUGGCGCGCCGCGUACUUGGUUAAAAGUUUUAGCAUUCGUAAUAGGCUACUAAUUCCUGUAUAUUGGGCAGCUACUUGGAUUACCGGUAGAGACAUUUCGAGAUUUUAG